AUGAAACCUGAACCCAAGAAACAACCGACGAUGCAGGCUCUGACUGCGAGAUUGAAGGAGAUCCAGCUGUCAUUCAGCGACAUUGACAGUAAGUUGGACGAGCUUUGGGAGAACUUCAGUGUGGCUUUGGUUGAUAUAUUUUCCCACGAAGAAUACAACCCGGAUAGCACUUCGGUCGAAAAGGAGCGGAUGGAUUUUAGCGACCGAUAUUAUCAGCUGAAAUCAUUUUUGAUGGACAAGCUCAAAGAAUUGCAGAAACCACAGGAAUUGGAGAACUCUGUCGGGAUUACCCUACAAACAUUCAACGGGAACAUCGAUGAAUGGUUCAGUUUUCGGGACCUUUUUAACUCGCUCAUUCAUUGGAAGGCGGAACUCCCUGAAGUGGAGAAGUUCCAUUAUUUAAAAGGAUGUCUCCAAGGGGAACCAAGAGCGUUGAUCGAUCCACUGCCUAUAACAAAGGCCAAUUACCAGGUGGCCUGGGAUCUGCUUUUGAAGCGGUAUAAUAACAGUAAGCAACUGAAAAAGCGGCAAGUCCAGGCCCUCUUCAAGUUGCCUACUCUCACCAAGGAAUCCGGAGCAGACUUGCACAUUCUUCUUGAAGGCUUCGAGAGAAUUGUGCAAACUCUGGAUCAGGUCAUCCAGCCGACCGACUAUAAGGACCUUUUGCUGGUGGACAUCCUUACGACUCGUUUGGAUCCAGUUACUCGGUGGGGGUGGGAGGAGGCCUCAUCCACCAAGUUGCAGGACACACUUGACGAUUUACGGGAAUUUUUGCAGCGGAGGGUUCAAGUUCUGGACUGUUCGCUAUCGAGGUCGACUGACACCAGGGGUGCAGCACAGAUGCAACAGUCGUCAAAACAAAAACCGCAACAAACAAAAACCAGCUAUAGUUCAGCUCAAGUGUCAAGAGCUCGUUGUGCGUUAUGCUCAGCUGACCACUUUCUUUACUAUUGUAAAGAGUUCCAGCGAUUAUCAAUUGGUGAUAGCGAUAAUUUCCUGAAAUCAAAUGGACCAUGUCGGAACUGCUUCAGGGCGGGGCAUCAGGCGAAGGAUUGCCAGUCGAAAUACAGCUGCAAGGGACGGCACCAUACUUUGGUAUGUUUUAAGUCAGCAAAGGAGAAGUUUGGCAAGAAUAUGGUAGUUGCUGGGGGCAACGUACCUUUUACUCCUGAAGAUCAACCGGAUUCAUCCAGUUCAUCUUCCAAACAUGUGGCUCGCAUGGCGGCUACAGAGUCUGUAGUAUCCGCUUCAACAACUCAACAACAUUCGCAUCAAGUUUUGCUGGCUACGGCGGUGGUGUUAAUUGAAGACGAUAAAGGAAAUCGUAUUCCAGCACGGGCGCUGUUGGAUUCCGGGUCGAAAAGUAAUUUUAUUACGGAGAAUUUAUGUCAGCAAAUGAAGGCUACGCGAGAUCAAGUGGAUAUCUCUAUCCUAGGCAUUGGGCAAACAGGUGACUGUGAACCUUCCAACCACAACUACCAACAAGCAUAA